AUGGGUUCCAUCGGAGAACAAUCUUCAGAUGGUACAACUACAGGAGAUCGUCAAAAUCUGGGUAUUGGAGUUUCAAACCCAGGAAAUGCAGGAAUUGCAGGAAUCGAUUACAACCAUCCUCUGUUUCUUUCUCCAGCUGAUGUUAGUGGCAUACAAAUAAUUUCGUUCCAGUUGACAGGUAUUGAAAAUUACUCCAUCAGGUUUAGACCUAUGCGUGUAGCUUUAUUGGGUAGAAACAAAUUGGGGAUAGUAGAUGGUAUAUGCAAGAAAGAAUCAUUUCCUGAAUUCAUGUGGAAUCACUGGGAAAGAGUUAAUGCAAUAGUUCUUUCUUGGAUUAUGAAUUCUGUAACUAAAGGUCUGCUUGGGGGGAUAAUGUAUGCGUCAGGUGCACAAGCAGUCUGGGAAGAACUAGCUGAAAGAUUUAACAAGGUUGAUGGGUCAAGAACCUUCAACCUGCAUAAAGAAAUUGCAACCUUGGCCCAAGGAACUUUAUCUAUAUCAGUCUAUUAUUCACGACUGAAAGAUUUGUGGGAAGAAUUUGAGUCGUUGGUUCCUGCCCCAGGUUGUGAUUGUGCAAAAUCAAGGGAAUUUAUGAUCUAUUUGCAAAAAUUGAAGUUAUACCAAUUUCUAAUGGGACUAAACGAUUCUUAUGCACAAGCUAGAAGUCAUAUACUUAUGCGAAGUCUUGUACCAAAUGUGAAUCAAGCAUAUGCUAUAAUAGUAUGUGAUGAAAGUCAAAAGGCUAUAGCUUCUACAUCAGGGGUGUUAGGAGCUAAUCUUAGUGUG